CCAUUUCUCCCUUGUACUGAGAUGGGGCUGACCAGGCUAGGGCUAUGGCUCAAGCGGCUCUGUAUACUCUUGCAGGUGGCAGUGGAGGUGGCUGUGGGCAAGGUGUUAAUGACACUAUUCCCAGAAAGAGUCAAGCAGAACAUUCUGGCCAUGGGCCAGCAGACCGGGAUGGCCAGGAACCCUCAAUUUACCCAUGACAACUGGAUCCCGACCUUCUUCGGCAUCCAGUACUUCUGGUUCAUUCUGAAGGUGCGGUGGCAACGUUUGGAGGACAUGGCUGAGUAUGGGGGGCUGGCCCCCAACUGCCCUGUGGUCCACCUCUCAGGACAGAAGAGCAACAUCUGGGACUUCAUGCAAGGCAACAGGCCACUGGUGCUGAAUUUUGGCAGUUGCACCUGACCUUCAUUUCUUUUCAAAUUUGACCAGUACAAGAGACUUGUAGAAGACUUUGGUUCCGCAGCAGAUUUCCUCAUCAUUUACAUUGAAGAAGCACAUGCGUCAGAUGGCUGGGCUUUUAAGAACAAUGUGGACAUCAGGCAGCACCAGAACCUCCAGGACCGCCUGUGGGCCGCCCACCUGCUGCUGGCUAGGAGCCCCCAGUGCCCGGUGGUGGUGGACACGAUGCAGAACCUGAGCAGCCAGCAGUAUGCGGCCCUGCCCGAGAGGCUCUACAUACUCCAGGAGGGCAGGAUCCUCUAUAAGGGUAAACCUGGCCCUUGGAACUACAAUCCAGAGGAAGUCCGUGCUGUUCUAGAAAGGCUUUGUACUUCACCUGGACACAUCCCUCAAUUCUAGAGGACCAGCAGGAGGGUUCCCCAUGCUUGGUGUACCCCCUAAGUUCUAAUGUCCUUUAUCUUUGACCCAUUUUUCCAGCUGACCUAAGCUUAGAUUUUUCUGAUCUAAAGCACUCCCAGUGAAGCAAGGCAGGUCACAGUACCCAACCAGCAGAAGUUGUUACAACCAGAAAACAAAGAAAUGCUUGAGCUGUUGAGGAACGUGAAUGUAAAAUGCCACACUGCUCCCACAGAGGAGAGCACGUCCAGUGUACAUCUGGUGGGGGCAGUCAUGCUUCGCUGGUGUGCUUCUGAAGUAUAGUUUCUGAUGAUGACAUCAUUCGACGAGGCAUCCUUCACAUUCCGUAAAUUCAUCUGACCAAAUUUGCCACUUGUAGAAUCAUAGAUGCUCAACCGGGGUUUCAGCUAGUUUUUAGGACAGAGCUUGGGAAGAAUUCCUCCUUGUUUACAAGAGAAGGUGGGAAGAGAAGGCAACAGAAACCCUUUUCUUUCCAAAAGAUUGAAAUCAGUCAUUAAUGUUAGUGAUGGGUGAGUUUCCAUGGCAACACAUCUCCAAUUCCACUCCCUUUGCCAUCCUUGCAUAGAUUUCACAGAACUCUGGAUCUCUGGUACUGGAGUCUUUUUGGCCUCCCCAGAGCUUUAUAAUCUUGACCAAACCAAAUGAUAGGUGCCAGCAAAAGCUGCCAUUCAGCUACUGUUUGAAGCUUUUCUGCUGACUCACAAGUCUCUUAUUGGUGCUUUGUGUUAGAUGACAACAGCCUGGUGGGUAACCAUUGGUUCAUCUAUUGGGACUGCUUCUUUUCAUAUUUG